ACACAUUUCAUUAGGAGGACGAGGAGACUGUCGUCUGUAUACGGGUGCAACACGAUAUAGCGCUUUGCAAUGUCCGACAUUUUGCCUUUUGGCUAGAAGUUUAGUAAACAACAUUUCGACACGGAUUAACUUUCUUUCUGAAACAAUAACUAGAUCUGUUUGAAACACCAGGCCCGUCAGUCACCCGGUGAAAUACUUGUGUUUCUACAUCUGAAAGGGAUUAUGGACCACUGUCUCAGACCAGAUGUCAAUUUCCACAACCUCAAAGACCUGCAAUAUGGAGCUUGUCAUGACAGCGGAUACCUGGACAGUGGCUACAGCUCUAAGAUCGAGAGCGGAGAGGAUUUUGACCUCUCAAAAAGUUUUUUAUCUUCUGACGGUUUUCACGAAACGCCUAAAGAGAACGUUUCACGGAAAUGCGAACCUCUGUCACCCAGAAAGAACAGACGACAAGCGGGCGUCAGAAGUCCGCAGAGAGACACCUUGAAGGAGCAGCCGUUAAAGAACGGCUGGUGUGAAACUCCUAAAGGGUCCAGGAGAGAGCCGUUGCUGAGAAGACGUCUCCUCGUGUCUAAAACCGCAGACGAUACAGAAACGCCACGCACUAAAAGGACUGACUCGUCAUCCAACGUGGGCACCGAACACGGCUCAAACAUGGUCUUUAACUCACCGGGUGCCUUCACCAUUGGAGCUUUGGCUUCAAGCACUCUAAAACCAGAAGACGUGCUUCUGUCCGGCAGGAAACUGCGCCUCCUCUUCUCUCUUGCAAAAACCUCAACACUCGAAGACGGUAAAUGCAACAUGGCCAACGUCAAUCUCUUUGAGAGUAAGGCCUCUGCUACGUCGCUCUCCGAUGUAGACCUGGAAGAGAGCGUCGGUCCCUCAGACCUCCUUACCACGGAGAUGCUGGAGACCCCACGCUAUAGCAGAUUAACACCCUCGGCCAAAGGCAACUUCCAGACUCCGGUCAACAACGAUGACGUAGCGGCUAACCUCUCGGACAGCCUGAGUGUCCUGAGCACCCCUACUCCUAAAUACCACUUUGACACCCCUUCCUCUACCCCUACUCGUAAACACUACGACCGCUCUGUGUCUGAGGACAGCGGCUUCAGCUCCUUGGCUCUGGAUAAAUCCCAGGACUCCACGGUAGACAAUGAUGGUUCCUUCCAGGAGCUGCUGCUGUUGUCGUCGGGUAGCUCCAAGUGCAAGGAGACCCCCAGCAGGCUGGCUGAGAUGAUGAUGAUGAAGAGGAGGUCCAGACUGGAGCGCCAACGUCGCCUCUCCACUCUGCGAGAGGGGGGUUCCCAAUCUGAGGGGGACCGGGACGUGAGGAACCUGGCAGCCCACAGAACUCAUCGCAGAGAGAAGAAGAACCUCGUAUCCCAGGAACAUCUGGAGCGCAGCUUCUUCAAGGAGGAUGACGACGACAGUGACGUCUUCCCGGAUGUGACGCCGCCGAAAACAACAACAACAAUAACCACCGCUAAGCUAGAGGACCUGUCCUUCACGCCGGCCCUGCAGAUGGUCCGGGCCCUGUCCCAGAGGACAUCCAGGAUGUUGCUGGAACGCCCCAGUCUGGAGGAACUGCUGAGGGUCUCGGAGAAGGAGGCCUUCAGGACCACCAUGCCCCUGGCUGGACUGAUUGGCAGGAAGAUGGGCCUGGGGAAGGUAGACAUCUUUACCGAGCUGAAGAGGAAGAAUCUCAGACACAUCCUGGCGAAGAUUCUCAAUCAGCUGUCCUCUGAAGAUGUCUACAGGGUCGGUCAGGUGUCCCGGAGCUGGGAUGAGGUCAUAGUUCAGAACAAGAUGUCCAGCCGCAGGAGGCGACACUACCUGACGGACGUCAAGGCCUCUCUGGAGCUUGGCAGUGCAGUCCAUGUCCCUGAUGCAGAGACCAGGUUGACCCUGCCGAGCCGGUCUGUCCUGAAGUCAGUCCAGGCCCAGGCCAGGACCCCCAGUACCAGCAUCCGUGGUACCCCCCAGUCAGGAACGGGCACUUCAACCCCCGUCCAGCACAACUCCGCCAGCAAACAGGACCUGUUCAUACAGGUGGCCAAAACCCUCUUCACGGACGAAAGUCUGAAGCCCUGCCCUCGGUGCCGGCACCCUGCUAGGUGUCACUCGGGGAAGAUGGAGGCCGUGUGUAGCAGCGCUGACUGUGGAUUCUGGUUCUGUACCGGCUGCCUUUGUGCCUUCCACGGAUCCAAAGAAUGCGCUAGCCUGUCGGCCAAGAGACGUAGCGAGAAGGACGUUCUUCCCGGGAGCGCUCGGAGCAAACGCAAUGUCAGGAGAUUGUGAAUGUGGUUUUUUUAUUUUUAUUAUGUGUAGUUGUUUUGCAAUUAUUUGUAUUUCCUGUCCCCUCUUUUAAAACAUUUGUUUAGCUUGGAUAUGUUUUUAAUUAUGGGUCGGAGAGGAGCCGAGACAGGAGAAUCAAUCAGAGAUGAAAUGGCUGCUGAAUGCUGGGCUCCUCCAUCGAUGUACCAGAACGUUGUUUUCUCUCAACUGAAUUUCCAUGGUUUUAUAUGAAUGUUUCUGUACAUUGUCUACAUUUGCACAUUUAUUUUAAUAAAGUUGUACUUUUUUACAUAUUUUAUUUGACGUUGUCUCAUAGGCAUGUGAACAGGGACAAAUAGUACUACCCCGGCUCCGACGCUUGUCUUGUGUGGCAGGGCUUGCGGACAACAAAGGGAAGCCCAGCCGCGAGCUGCCCAGUGACACGAGCCUAAACCAGACGAGCUAAAUCACUUCGAGGCAAGCAACACUGAGGCAUGCAUGAGAGCAUCAGCUGUUCCGGACGACUGUGUGAUCACGCUCUCCGUAGUCGACGUGAGUAAGACCUUUAAACAGGUUAACAUACCCAAGGCUGCGGGGCCAGACGGAUUACCAGGAAGUGUGCUCCGGGUGUGUGCUGACCAACUGGCAGGUGUCUUCACUGACAUUUUCAACAUGUCCCUGAUUGAGUCUGUAAUACCAACACUCUUCAUGCAGACCACCAUAGUCCCUGUGCCCAAGAACACUAAGGCCACCUGCCUAAAUGCCUUCUGACCCGUAAGCACUCACACCUGUAGCCAUGAAGUGCUUUGAAAGGCUGGUCAUGGCUCACAUCAACAGCAUCCUCUCAGACACCCUAGACCCACUCCAAGUCACAUACCGCCCCAACAGAUCCACAGAUGAUAUUGUUAUCCACACUGCCCUUUACCACCUGGACAAAAGGAACACCUAUGUGAGAAUGCUGUUCGUUGACUGCAGCUCAGCAUUCAACACCAUAGUAACCUCAAAGCUCAUCAAUAAGCUAAGGAUCCUGGGACUAAACACCUCCCUCUGCAACUGGAUCCUGGACUUCCUGAUGGGUCGCCCCCAGGUGGUGAGGGGAGGUAGCAACACGUCCGACACGCUGAUCCUCAACACUGGAGCCCCUCAGGGGUGUGUGCUCAGUCCCCCUCCUGUACUCCCUGUUCACCCACGACUGCACAGCCAGGUACAACUCCAACAUCAUUAAGUUUUCCGACGACACAACAGUGGUAGGCCUGAUUACCGACAACGACGAGACAGUCUAUAGGGAGGAGGUCAGAGACCUGGCCGGGUGGUGCCAGAAUAACAACCUCUUCCUCAAAGUAAUCGAGACAAAGGAGAUGACUGUGGACUACAGGAAAAGGAGGGCCGAGCACGCCCCCAUUCUCAUCGACGGGGCUGCAGUGGAGCAGGUUGAGAGCUUCAAGUUCCUAAGGUGUCCACAUCACCAACAAACUAGAAUGGUCCAAACCCACCAAGACAGUCGUGAAGAGGACACGACAAAGCCUAUUCCCCCUCAGGAAACAAAAAAGAUUUGGUAUGGGUCCCCAGAUCCUCAAAUGGUUCUACAGCUGCACCAUCGAGAGCAUACUGACCGGUUGCAUCACUGCCUGAUACGGCAACUGCUCGGCCUCUGACCGCGAGGCAUUACAGAGGGUAGUGCAUACAGCCCAGUACAUCACUGGGGCCAAGCUUCCGGCCAUCCAGGACCUCUAUACCAGGCGGUGUCAGAGGAAGGCCCGAAAAAUACCCAAAGACUCCAGCCACCCAAGCCAUAGUCUGUUCUCUCUACUACCGCAUGGCAAGUGGUACCGGAGUGCCAAGUCUAGGGGAAAAAAAAGCUUCUCAACAGUUUUUACCCCCAAGACAUAAGACUUCUCAAUGGGUAAUCAAAUGGCUACCUGGACUAUCUGCAUUGUGUGCCCCCCCCCCCCAACCCCUCUUUUACACUGCUGCUACUCUCUGUUUAUCAUAUAUGCAUUGUCACUUUAACUAUACAUUCAUGUACAUACUACCUCAAUUGGCCCGACCAACCGGUGCUCCCACACAUUGGCUAUCUGCACUGUGUCCCACCACCCGCCAACCCCUCUUUUUACGCUACUGCUACUCUGUUUAUCAUAUAUGCACUGUCACUUUAACCAUAUCUACAUACUACCUCAAUCAGCCCGACUAACCGGUGUCUGUAUGUAGCCCCUCUCCUGUAUGUAGCCCCUCUCUCCUGUAUGUAGCCCCUCUCUUUACUAUUGUUUUAUUUCUUUACCUACCUAUUGUUCACCUUUUGCACUAUUGGUUAGAGCCUGUGAGUAAGCUACACUGUUGUAUUCGGUAAAUAAACUUUGAUUUGACAAUGUGUUUUGUAUAACA